CGAGGAGGAGGAGGAGGAGGAGAUGGUGGUGUCGGAGGAGGAAGAAGAGGAGGAAGAAGAGGGCGACGAGGAGGAGGAGGAGGUGGAGGCGGCCGACGAGGACGAUGAGGAGGAGGACGAAGAGGGAGUACUCGGGCGCGGGCCGGGCCACGACCGGAGCCGCGACCGCCACAGCCCCCCCAGCUGCCACCUCUUCCCGCCGCCGCCGCCGCCGCCGCCGCUGCCGCCGCCCCCGCCGCCAGAUAAAGAUGAUAUUCGGCUGCUACCUUCAGCCUUGGGUGUGAAGAAGCGAAAACGAGGUCCCAAGAAGCAGAAGGAAAACAAGCCAGGCAAACCUAGAAAACGGAAGAAGCUUGACAGUGAAGAAGAAUUUGGCUCAGAGCGAGAUGAGUACCGGGAGAAGUCAGAGAGUGGAGGCAGCGAGUAUGGAACUGGACCAGGUCGGAAACGAAGAAGGAAGCACAGAGAAAAAAAAGAGAAAAAAACAAAAAGGAGGAAAAGGGGAGAAGGGGAUGGGGGACACAAGCAGGUGGAGCAGAAGUCAUCUGCAACCUUGCUUCUGACCUGGGGCUUGGAGGAUGUGGAACACGUGUUUUCCGAGGAGGACUACCACACACUUACCAAUUACAAAGCUUUCAGUCAGUUCAUGAGGCCCCUAAUUGCUAAGAAGAAUCCUAAGAUCCCGAUGUCAAAGAUGAUGACCAUCCUGGGGGCCAAGUGGAGAGAGUUCAGUGCCAAUAACCCCUUCAAAGGGUCGGCAGCUGCUGUGGCGGCGGCGGCGGCAGCAGCAGCAGCAGCUGUGGCUGAGCAGGUGUCAGCUGCUGUCUCCUCAGCCACCCCCAUACCAUCUGGACCCCCCCCUGCCCUCCCACCACCCCCUGCUCCUGAAAUCCAGCCCCCACCCAUCAGAAGAGCCAAAACCAAAGAGGGCAAAGGUCCAGGCCACAAGAGGCGGAAUAAGAGCCCCCGAGUGCCUGACGGACGCAAGAAGCUUCGAGGGAAGAAGAUGGCGCCACUGAAAAUCAAGCUAGGGCUGCUGGGUGGCAAGAGGAAGAAGGCGGGCUCGUGUGCUUUUCAGAGUGAUGAGGGCCCUGAACCAGAGGCGGAGGAGUCAGACCUGGACAGUGGUAGCGUCCAUAGUGCCUCAGGCCGGCCUGAUGGCCCUGUCCGUGCCAAGAAACUGAAGCGAGGUCGGCCAGGAAGGAAGAAGAAGAAGGUCCUGGGCUGUCCUGCAGUGGCCGGGGAGGAGGAAGUUGAUGGCUACGAGACGGAUCACCAGGAUUACUGUGAGGUGUGCCAGCAGGGCGGGGAAAUUAUUCUGUGCGACACCUGCCCCCGUGCCUACCACCUCGUCUGCCUUGACCCCGAGCUUGACCGGGCUCCUGAGGGCAAGUGGAGUUGCCCCCACUGUGAGAAGGAGGGGGUGCAGUGGGAGGCCAAGGAGGAGGAGGAAGAGUAUGAGGAGGAAGGGGAGGAGGGAGAGAAGGAGGAAGAGGAUGACCACAUGGAGUAUUGCCGAGUGUGCAAGGAUGGCGGGGAGCUCCUGUGCUGUGACGCUUGUAUCUCUUCCUACCACAUCCAUUGUCUGAACCCCCCGCUGCCCGACAUCCCCAAUGGCGAAUGGCUGUGCCCACGAUGCACGUGUCCUGUGCUGAAGGGCCGCGUUCAGAAGAUCUUGCAUUGGCGAUGGGGGGAGCCACCUGUGGCAGUGCCAGCACCACAGCAGGCAGACGGGAACCCAGACGUCCCACCCCCUCGUCCUCUUCAAGGCAGAUCAGAGCGAGAAUUCUUUGUCAAGUGGGUAGGACUGUCCUACUGGCACUGCUCCUGGGCCAAGGAGCUUCAGCUGGAAAUCUUCCACUUGGUAAUGUACCGAAACUAUCAACGGAAAAAUGACAUGGACGAGCCCCCACCGCUGGACUACGGCUCCGGUGAGGAUGAUGGGAAGAGUGACAAGCGCAAGGUGAAGGACCCUCACUACGCGGAGAUGGAGGAGAAGUACUACCGUUUCGGCAUCAAGCCGGAGUGGAUGACUGUCCACCGCAUCAUUAACCAUAGUAUGGAUAAAAAGGGGAACUACCACUACCUUGUGAAAUGGAAGGAUCUGCCUUAUGACCAGUCCACGUGGGAGGAGGAUGAGAUGAACAUCCCCGAGUAUGACGACCAUAAGCAGAGCUACUGGAGACAUCGUGAGCUAAUUAUGGGUGAGGACCCCGCACAGCCUCGAAAGUAUAAGAAGAAGAAGAAGGAGUUACAGGGUGAUGGGCCUCCCAGUUCACCUACUAAUGAUCCAACAGUGAAAUAUGAGACUCAGCCAAGGUUCAUCACAGCCACAGGCGGCACGCUGCACAUGUAUCAGCUGGAAGGGCUGAACUGGCUGCGCUUCUCGUGGGCCCAAGGCACUGACACGAUCCUGGCGGAUGAGAUGGGGCUGGGCAAGACCAUCCAAACUAUCGUCUUUCUCUACUCACUGUAUAAGGAGGGCCACACAAAAGGUCCAUUCCUGGUGAGUGCCCCACUCUCCACCAUCAUCAACUGGGAACGGGAGUUCCAGAUGUGGGCACCCAAGUUCUAUGUGGUCACAUACACGGGCGACAAGGACAGCCGGGCCAUCAUAAGAGAAAACGAGUUUUCGUUUGAGGAUAAUGCCAUAAAAGGCGGGAAGAAAGCUUUCAAGAUGAAGAGAGAGGCACAGGUGAAGUUCCAUGUCCUUCUGACAUCAUACGAGCUGAUCACCAUUGAUCAGGCGGCGCUUGGCUCCAUCCGCUGGGCCUGUCUUGUGGUGGAUGAGGCUCAUCGACUCAAGAACAACCAGUCCAAGUUUUUCAGGGUCCUCAAUGGCUACAAGAUAGAUCAUAAGUUGUUGUUGACGGGGACUCCGCUGCAGAAUAACCUGGAGGAGCUCUUCCACCUUCUCAACUUCCUCACUCCGGAGAGGUUUAACAACCUGGAGGGCUUCCUGGAGGAGUUCGCUGACAUAUCCAAAGAGGACCAAAUCAAGAAGCUGCACGACUUACUGGGGCCGCACAUGCUGCGGAGGCUCAAGGCGGACGUCUUCAAGAACAUGCCGGCCAAGACCGAGCUCAUUGUUCGAGUGGAGCUAAGCCCCAUGCAGAAGAAAUACUACAAGUACAUCCUAACUCGAAAUUUUGAGGCCUUGAACUCUCGAGGUGGUGGGAACCAAGUGUCCCUGCUUAACAUCAUGAUGGACCUUAAGAAGUGCUGCAACCACCCAUACCUCUUCCCCGUGGCUGCUAUGGAGUCUCCUAAACUCCCCAGUGGGGCUUAUGAGGGUGGGGCCCUUAUUAAGUCAUCAGGGAAGCUGCUGCUACUGCAGAAGAUGCUGCGCAAGCUGAAGGAGCAAGGACAUAGAGUGCUCAUCUUCUCCCAGAUGACCAAAAUGUUAGACCUUCUGGAGGACUUCCUAGACUACGAAGGCUAUAAGUAUGAGCGCAUCGAUGGUGGCAUCACAGGCGCCCUCAGGCAGGAGGCCAUUGAUCGCUUCAAUGCUCCUGGUGCCCAACAAUUCUGCUUCCUCCUGUCCACCCGAGCUGGUGGCCUGGGCAUCAACUUGGCCACUGCCGACACUGUCAUCAUCUUCGAUUCUGACUGGAACCCCCAUAAUGACAUUCAGGCCUUCAGCAGAGCCCAUCGGAUUGGCCAGGCCAACAAAGUGAUGAUUUACCGGUUUGUGACCCGAGCCUCUGUGGAAGAACGAAUCACACAGGUGGCUAAGAGAAAGAUGAUGCUGACACACCUAGUGGUGCGGCCAGGCCUGGGCUCCAAGGCCGGCUCCAUGUCCAAGCAGGAGCUGGAUGACAUCCUCAAAUUUGGCACUGAGGAGCUAUUCAAAGAUGAAAAUGAGGGGGAGAAUAAGGAGGAGGAUAGCAGUGUGAUCCACUAUGACAAUGAAGCCAUCGCUCGACUGCUGGACCGCAACCAGGAUGCGACUGAGGACACGGAUGUGCAGAACAUGAACGAAUACCUCAGCUCCUUCAAGGUGGCACAAUAUGUCGUGCGUGAAGAAGACAAGAUUGAGGAGAUCGAGCGAGAGAUCAUCAAGCAGGAGGAGAAUGUGGAUCCUGACUACUGGGAGAAGCUACUGAGACAUCACUAUGAGCAGCAGCAGGAAGACCUUGCCCGCAACCUAGGCAAGGGCAAGCGGGUUCGAAAGCAGGUUAACUACAACGAUGCCGCCCAGGAGGAUCAAGACAACCAAUCAGAAUACUCAGUGGGGUCUGAGGAAGAGGAUGAAGACUUUGAUGAGCGUCCUGAAGGCCGUCGACAGUCAAAGAGGCAGCUUCGGAAUGAGAAGGACAAACCACUGCCUCCAUUGCUGGCUCGGGUUGGGGGCAACAUUGAAGUACUGGGAUUCAAUACCCGACAACGGAAGGCGUUCCUUAAUGCUGUGAUGCGCUGGGGCAUGCCACCCCAGGACGCAUUCACCACACAGUGGCUAGUGAGAGACCUGAGGGGCAAAACGGAGAAGGAGUUUAAGGCCUAUGUGUCUUUGUUCAUGCGCCAUCUGUGUGAGCCUGGGGCAGAUGGCUCCGAAACAUUUGCGGAUGGGGUCCCUCGGGAGGGACUGAGUCGCCAGCAGGUGUUGACCCGAAUUGGAGUCAUGUCUCUCGUCAAGAAGAAGGUCCAAGAGUUUGAGCAUAUCAAUGGACGCUGGUCAAUGCCAGAGCUGAUGCCUGACCCCAGUGCUGACUCCAAGCGCUCUUCCAGAGCCUCCUCUCCAACCAAAACAUCUCCCACCACUCCUGAGGCUUCUACAACCAACAGUCCUUGUACCUCUAAACCUGCUACUCCGGCUCCAAGUGAGAAGGGAGAUGGUGUAAGGACACCGCUGGAGAAGGAUGGCACUGAGAACCAGGAAGAGAAGCCAGAGAAGAACAGCAAAGUGGGGGAAAAGAUGGAGACAGAGGUCGAUUCUCCCAGCCCAGCCCCAUCACUGGGAGAACGGCUAGAACACCGGAAGGUUCUCUUAGAGGAUGAAGCACCAGGGAUACCUGGAGAGACAGAGCCUGAACCUGGAUACCGAGGCGACAGGGAGAAGUCUGCCUCAGAGCCAACACCAGGAGGAAGAGGGGAGGAGAAGCCAUUGGAUGGACAGGAACACAGGGAGAGGACGGAGGGGGAAACAGGGGAUUUGGGCAAGAGAGAAGAUGUAAAAGCAGAUCGGGAGCUUCGACUUGGGCCUCCUCGAGAUGAGCCACGGCCCAAUGGGCGCCGUGAGGAGAAGGUGGAGAAGCCAAGAUUCAUGUUCAACAUUGCCGAUGGUGGUUUCACAGAGCUGCACACACUGUGGCAGAAUGAGGAACGGGCAGCUAUUUCCUCGGGGAAACUCAAUGAGAUCUGGCACCGGAGGCAUGACUACUGGCUUCUGGCUGGCAUUGUCCUCCAUGGCUAUGCCCGGUGGCAGGACAUCCAGAACGACGCUCAGUUUGCCAUUAUCAAUGAACCAUUUAAAACGGAAGCCAACAAGGGGAACUUCCUGGAGAUGAAAAAUAAAUUCCUGGCCCGGAGGUUCAAGCUCCUGGAGCAGGCGCUGGUGAUCGAGGAGCAGCUGCGGCGGGCGGCCUACCUGAACCUGUCACAGGAGCCGGCGCACCCCGCCAUGGCCCUCCACGCCCGCUUUGCCGAGGCUGAGUGCCUAGCUGAGAGCCACCAGCACCUCUCCAAGGAGUCGCUGGCAGGGAACAAGCCAGCCAACGCUGUCCUGCACAAGGUUCUGAACCAGCUGGAGGAAUUGCUGAGCGACAUGAAGGCAGAUGUGACCCGCCUGCCAGCCACGCUGUCCCGAAUACCCCCCAUCGCAGCCCGCCUUCAGAUGUCCGAGCGCAGCAUUCUCAGCCGGCUGGCCAGCAAGGGCACGGAGCCUCACCCCACACCGGCCUUUCCCCCGGGUCCUUACGCCACACCUCCGGGGUACGGAGCAGCCUUCAGCGCCGCACCCGUAGGGGCCCUGGCCGCCGCAGGCGCCAAUUACAGCCAGAUGCCUGCAGGGUCCUUCAUCACAGCCACCACCAACGGCCCUCCAGUGCUGGUGAAGAAAGAGAAGGAAAUGGUGGGGGCGUUGGUGUCAGACGGGCUGGGGCUGGAUCGGAAGGAGCCCCGAGCAGGGGAGGUGAUUUGUAUAGACGACUGACUGGAUCCCAGGCCUGCCCCUCACCUAGGCCCCGACCCCGGAGCCGACCCACAUCUCAGGCCUUGGGGCCUGCUGCCAACCCUCCACCUUCCCCACCCCUUGGGCCACCACUGGGCUAGGAGCCCUUUUGCCCCUCUAUAAUGCCUCCCUUCAAGAAGGACCCCUAUCUCUCUCCACCUCCACACACCUUUCCCACCAAACCUUGAAGACUGUGCUGGUGUGAAGAGGUCUGGAUGGGAGAUGGCAAGCAGGGUCUUCCAAGUACCUGGAUGCCCCACCACCAAAUAUACACAGCUUCCCAAUAACUGAUUGUCCGGGAGGGAGAAGGUGGGUCCUCCCAGGCCUUUCCUGCAGUAUCACCUCCACCUCCUGCCAAAGUGGGGGAUUAGCCUUGCCCAGCCUUUAGGAACUUCUGUGAGAUCAUCAAAGAGGAGGGGAACCUUGUUACAAAGAUGAAAAUAGCAGCCAGAGGAGGAAGGGAAGCAGAGAGGGGGUGGUGGCACUGCAUGGCACUUUCCCUCCCUCUCCCAAAUGGAGGGUACAGCAGCUCCAAGUGAGAGAGCUGAUGGCUGUUCACUGGCUCACUUAACUCCUGGGUGCCAGCAUCUUGCAGUAGGAACUGUUCUCCUCCCCAGGGACCAAGGACAACCCCCACAGAGUAAUGGUUGGGUGAUACUCCCUCAAGCCAAAGAGGAGCUCCCCAGCCUGUUCUAGAUAACCUAGAAAGGGUGGGGGAGAAUACAGAGGGCCAGGCAUGGGGCAGACCCCACGCUGGGGCUCAGGUUUCUGGGGGAUGAAAUCCUCCCUCUUCAAGGCCUGGAUACAGACUAAAUUUGAGUAGGUCAGGCCAGGGGCCUCGUCAGGAGCCUGUCUUGCCUGUGGGACCGAGCAACACAGUGGGUAUCAGGCUAGGGAGAUUUGGGCACAUUCCCCCUCCAAGGAGGGGCUAGGGAGUGGCAGUUUGCAUGGGGAACCCCCAUAUCCUCCUUGCUGCCCCUUUCCCAGUCUUUCUCUCCCACUCCUGGUCUGUCCCAAUCCCUUCUUCUGUAUCAGGUUAUCGGUUGUACAUAUAAAUUAUACUUUCCUUUC